AUGCUUGAACUGUUUGCAUCCACCUGUGAAAAGUCAAUUAAUUACCAAACUGAACUUAAAAUGUUGCAUGCAGAAAACAAGUUAUUUUACAAAAUCCAAAUUUUUGUCAAUGAUCUUUUAACUUUUGGCAGUUCCGAAAAUGCCAGGUUUCGCCUGAAAGAGGAUCCAACGGCUAAAUUCUUCUUCUCAUGUGUAUAUUUUAAUGAAGAUGAGAUUGCGUAUUUCCUUGGUUUCCCAACCCCUUCAGGACUUCCUUUUUCCAAGCUUCUCAAUGUGGUACUAUCAGAUAAAAUUGGCUUGAACGAGUUAUGUUCAUCACAUGAUUUAGCACCACUUGUACAACAAGUGUUUGGUAUACGAAAGGGUUUCAAAAAGAAAAAGUCUGCGAGCUGGGUAUUAUUAUUGGCUAACUAUCUUGAUACGUAUUAG